AUGAGCUCUUGUGAUGAAAAUAGUAGUACUUCUAUUUCUACUAAUAAGGACAAACAAAUAUUUAAAAAUAUUGGUGGUCGUCCAGAAGGACCAGUUUGGAGUUAUUUUACUAAAGGCAAAAAAGUUGGAAAAGGAAAAUAUGAAGCAACUUGUGAUUUAUGUGGAGCAAUUUGGAAUCAUGGUGAACUAAUUGAAUUAGAAAAUCAUUUAGCUAAUCAUUGUCCAAAAGCUGAUUCAACAAUAAUUCCAUUAAAAAAAACAAAUUUAUCUUAUGAACCACCUUCACGACAAUAUUUAUCAGGUCAAUUAUUAGAACAACAAUUAGCAAUUAUUAAUCAAAAAACCGAUAAAAUUUUUUAUCAAUAUUCAAAUUUAACAUUAG